GAUGAUCCGGUGUACUUCGAUCGGUUGGCUGUGCCUUUGUGUUUGACGUUACAUAUUUGCUGUCAUUACGAAUCAUUUGUCUGGAGAAAAGUGUUUGGACAAUCGAAUGGAUUAAUUUUCGAGGAACAUCAUCGAAGUGCUGAAACAUAUAUCAAAACAUGAAUACUGGUGGUACCUAUGUGAAAGCUUACAGUAACAAUUGGCUGUCGCAGUUCGGACUAUACAAAUAUGAAUCGCCACAUGAGACGCCCCGGAUGCCUAUCCGCCAUCAUCGUAAGAUAUCGCUGUAUGGUAUUCUUGGAAUGGCAUUCGUCCUAUUCUUCAUUCUUUUUGUCAUCGUCAACAAGUCGGAGUCCAGCAAGGGGCAGUUCAUUGCAGAAAGUUUCUCCAACGAAACCAGCAUAGAGUCCAGCAUGGGGCACAUCAUGCUGACGACACCCCUUUCCGCGAGUGACAAUUUCCUGCUUCAUCAGCAAUCAAACAAUGAGUCGAGUGGCGAGUCGAAGGAAGUAGCUGAAGCUAUCAAACAGCGUAGAUUCCGCCGGCUGGAUUCGGAAACGGCUCCAUUAGAGUUUAACGACAAUUUGGUACUGUUCCCAAGUGCGUAUCUUAAACCUCCACGGCUGGGUAGCAUGCGGAAGUUCUCGGAAGAGUUUUCUUUCGAUGAUACCUACCAACCUGCCUCAGUUGCUAGUCCGCGUCCAUUUGGAGUUCCUCUCGUUUCCGAUGCAGUGACUCCGACAGGUUUUACAAAACAGAACCGAUCUUACGACACAAAUGAUCCACAGGGCAUUUACUCAACUAGACAACGAAACCAUCGCGGUUUGGUGAACAACAUUCAAGACGUUCUUAAACAGAUAUCGUCUACGAAGAAUCAGAAUCUUAGAUAUGCUCCGCAACUUGAGCAGCAUCCGUCUGAAUUUAGCAAUCCGAUGUACCGGAACCAUAGAGUAAAGUUUACCGGGAUUUAUCGUCAUCCGAGAAAGAACGGAGACAUCACAACUCUCUUUGGUGACUACUCGAAACAACACGAACUUCACGUCUCGAAACCACAAACAAUCAACAGUCAGCUCAGUAUUCCCAGUGUCUUCAUGCCGGAUCCUCUGUACAACUUUCGUCCAGCAAACCCAAGUGAUAUAAAUUUGCUUGCCACUAAUCAAUUCAGAUUCGCUCCCGAAAGAGGCUAUAGUGGUGAAGAAAGAUCUCCUCACGGUAUGCCCUUCUCAAUCAUGCUAGAUGUUCAACCGAUGGCCGAUGGCAGCCUUAGUUUUCGACGUCCAACCACGAGAAAUAGACCUACGCCAAAUUUCUCCAACAUGAACCUUCAGCCGAACUUCAACAACCACCAUUUUGCUCAGGUCAAGCAUGCCGUGCACAAUCAACAGUAUCCAAUGGAGGACAAUUAUUUCCGUAGUUCAACGACUCACCACCGAUCUUCGCAUGCUACUCUACAUUCCGCCAUGAAACCGGGAAAACUAAUGGUUCAUUUGAAUCUGUAUCCGAAAAAAACAUCUUCCGAAGCAUCUCGCAAGUACGAAUUAGAUCAAAGUGAUUACGACAUCAAUCGGCUUAGUCUCACUGGAGGAGACACCCUUCCGGAUCCGGAACGACACAAAGCGCAUCCAACACUGCAGCCUCCACGAAACUAUCUCGAAGUGUUUCCGUACGAGUUGUUUAGUACGAGCAGCACAACGACAACAAGUCUUCCGCCGGUAGUUGCUAUCAAUCGUCCGCAUUCGAAUAUUUCCGUCGAAACGAUCAAGUCGCUAGAAAUACCAGCGAACAUUACGUUUGAUCCACAACCUCAUCAGCACGUUAAAAGGACACAUGUGGAGCCGCGGGAAGGUUUGUCUCCGGAUACGAGAAGUUUUCAGACUCCCUUUGGAUAUCAACCGACAAAGUUGGAAGUUUUGAAUUUCGACGCACAUGAUGCAGUUUGAAACUAGUUGAAAACUGAAAUAUGGAAUUGAGUAGCAGAUUAAUUUAUUUAAUAUUAUUUAUUGAUAGAUCAGAAAUAAAUUCAC